CUUAACUUUAGCUACAAGCACGUCUGUAGUUGCUUCAGACUAUCAUUAUUCAUCUCACUACCAACAAUACAUUUGGAUGGAUUUAGCAACAAGCAUUUGAAAUUGUUACCAUCUUUUUUUCAAAAUUGCUGCCAUCGGCAGAACUCAAUUCAAAGCAGUACUAAGAACCUGCAAACGGGAUAUGCUAGAAUAAGAGACCUUCAAGCAAACUCACCUGAAACAACACUGUUCACAGACAACUGCAAAGCUUGAAAAUGCCACUUUUUGGCUGGAUGAAAUGGUCAAAAACUGAUUCCUACAAAUCCGCAAGAUGUCCUGGAUCAGAAGUAGUUACAAAAACCCUACUGAGGGAGUUGAAAUGGCACCUGAAAGAGCGUGAAAGAUUAGUGCAAGAGAUUGAAAACGAACAAAAAGUCCAGAAAACUGGCAUGGAUUACAACUGGCUCAAGAACUACCAAAACCCUCAAGCAACAAUUCCAGCUACUGAGCAACGGCAGCUUGAAGUUCUGUGCUCUCAAAUCCAGCCUUGCCAAACAGGAACUGUUCUGAGCAGAUUUCGGGAAGUUUUGGCAGAAAAUGAUGUUUUACCGUGGGAAAUAGUCUACAUAUUCAAGCAAGUUUUAAAAGAUUUUCUUACCACCAUUGAGAGAGAAAACCAAGCAGAGCAGCUGGUAGAUGCAUGGAAUACAAAUUGCCCUGAACAUUUUAGUCUGCGUGGUGACAGCUCCAACAAGUCGGACAAAGAUGAAAUCCCCACGGUUUCAAGUUAUGUCGACAAAAACACACAAAGCAUGUUUCCCACCUUCUCUCACAGAAUCUGGAAUCUACCCUAUUACUACCCAUCAAGUUAAAUUGGUUUGUGUUACUUUCAAAAAGUCAUGUAGCCAUCUGCAUUCCUUUCUUGUAAUUGCCAUCCAGACACACAGGAGUAAAUGUGACAUGCUCCCCUUUUUAUUCCAAGUUUAGAAAUUAAAAUACUUUGUAAUAGCUAGUAUGCAGUAUCUUAGGUACCAACUCACCUUUUAUCUUUAUAGUUUCUUAGAACUGUUGUGUUUGAAGCCAUCUUUUAAUCAAAAAUGUAGAUGUUUUUGAAAAAAACUCUGAGGCAGUUUAAUUUUCAGCCAUAUAGAGCUAUAAGUAUUUAAACAAAAAAAAAGAUUGCUUUGCUUAUUUUGAAACAGCAUCAAUCCACAGAGUGUUAGACAAAAACUUCUGUGUUUAUCACAUAGCUUUUAGGCUCUAUGGGAACUUUAUACUGUGUAAAAUAAAUGGUUUAAUAUAACAUCAGCUAAAUAAACUGGUAAAUACUUUUGGAGCUCAAUAAUUAUUUCUUAACUUCAAGAAUAAUUGCAUGAAAAUACUCACAUGUACUAUUUUUAUGUUUUUCUCUGAACUAUACUCUGCACAUGCUGAAGUAUGUGAAGGUGGACAGCUAAGCAAAACCACUAGAUAUUUAACGGCAUUUAACACUAGCUUUCUAUUCUUUAAGAA